UAAGUGUCUCACUCAACCAAGCGCGACACUACCGGUCUUCAAUCCCUACAUCAGCUUGGUUAACCGGCCCAUGCGCGGUCUGACAUCAACCGCGACACGGCCAUGGCGGCACCAGACGUGGCUCCCCAGUUUGGAGCGGAGCUAAAGGACAACUUCAAACCCGUCAGUACUUGGGUAUCGAAUGGCAUAUCAUGGCUCGACGAAAUCCAGCAGUUCUACCGCGAGCGCAGUGUCAUUGAAAAAGAAUAUGCAUCCAAAUUGACGGCCCUCUGCAAGAAAUACUACGACCGCAAAUCGAAGAAGAUUAGCCCGCUGAGCGUCGGCGACAACCCCACCCUGACCCCGGGAUCCCUCGAAAGCGCUUCUUUGACAACGUGGACUACCCAAUUGAGCACCGUGGAGGCCCACGCCGCCGAGCGAGAGAAGUUUGCGACAGAUCUGGUUGCCCAGGUCGCAGAACCGCUGAAGCUGGCCGCUACUCAGUAUGAAGAAAUCCGCAAGUGCCAUGUCGACUACCAUAUCAAGUUGGAAAAGGAGCGCGAUGCGUCGUAUGGUGACCUCAAGAAGGCAAAGGGCAAAUAUGAUGGUGCCUGUCAGGAAGUCGAGUCACGACGAAAGAAGAUGGAGUCGUCCUUCGACCAUGGCAAAACCAAAGCCCAGUCAGCAUACCAACAACAAAUUUUGGAGAUGAACAACUACAAGAACCUAUACCUCAUCAAUAUCAACGUCACAAAUAGACUAAAGGAAAAGUUCUACCAUGAAUAUGUGCCCGAGCUCCUGAAUGGCUUGCAAGAUCUCAACGAAACUCGAGUGACCAGACUAAACGCAUUGUGGUCCUUGGCAGGACAGCUGGAAAAGUCAUCACUCACCAACAGCGUGAACCACACAACAAACCUCCUGAAUGAAAUUCCUCGCAAUGACCCUCGACUGGACUCGAUGAUGUUCCUUCAACAUAACGUCACGCAAUCCCAAGAGCCCCCGAACAUGGGCUUUGAGCCCAGCCCCGUAUGGCAUGAUGAUGCAACGAUCAUCACCGACGAAGCUGCCAAGAUCUUCCUGCGCAACUUGUUGGGAAAGAGCAAAUCGCAAGUCCGUGAACUGCGAAUAGAAGCGGACAAGAAGAGACGUGAGGUGGACACCGGCAAAAAGGUGCGGGAGGGAAUCCAACAGGGCAAGGAUAACCGCAAUGAGGUUGAUAUUGUACGAUCGAUCUUCGCCCUUCAGGAGGGAUUGCAUGAAGUUGAGCGAAAAUGGUUGACAGCGGAGGUUGAAACAUCCACCAUUAUAGCCGUGGCAGGAGACCUGUCCAUGGGAGCCCAGAACCAUAACUUCCGAUCUCAAACCUUCAAGAUUCCGACCAAUUGUGAUCUUUGUGGAGAGCGCAUAUGGGGUCUGUCUGCCAAGGGCUUCGACUGUCGGGAUUGCGGGUACACUUGUCACAGCAAGUGUCAGAUGAAGGUGCCCGCCGAAUGUCCCGGGGAGCAGUCGAAAGAGGACAAGAAGAAGCUCAAGGUAGUACGCCAGGAGCAAGCAGGUGUUAUGCCUACAGUCGAUCUUGACUCUUCGGCGGUUUCGACAACUGCUCCGUCGCUCACUCGACAAAACACCAUGAACUCCCUCAGUUCAGGGUAUGCGGCUAGUACUGCCCGGUCGGUCUCCAACGUUGCUACGCAGCCCACCCCCGAGCAUCCUGCAGAAGCAGCGCCCGCGCCUUCCGCAGAGACGAAACCAGCACCGAAGAGAGGCCGAGUCUUGGCCCCUCCUCCAACUGCUUAUGUCAGUUCACCGGCGGCCACUGACUCGAAGUCGAAGGAACCGAGGGGCAAGAUGCUAUAUGCAUACCAGGCCACUGGGGCCGAUGAGGUGACCGUGCACGAUGGCGACGAUGUCGCGAUCCUUGAACCGGAUGAUGGGUCUGGAUGGCUGCGUGUUCGUGCUGGCUCUAGCGAGGGCCUGGUCCCAGCCUCCUAUGUUGAGGCUGCACCCACACCAUCGCCUGUCCCCUCGGCCAGUCCCGGCCUAACUGAUCGACCGGGCUCUGUCUAUUCCAACUCGUCGGCCUCGCUAGCGGGUAGUGCUGCACCGAAGCGCGUCGGGCCGGCUGUAGCACCGCGCCGAGGGGCCAAGAAAUUACAGUACGUUGAAGCCCUGUACGACUACGAGGCACGCAGUGAUGUGGAAUGGACGAUGGCUGAGGGCGAUCGAUUCGUUCUAAUUACUCGCGAUAGCGGUGAUGGCUGGGCUGAUGUGGAGCGUGGUGGAGUUACUAAGAGCGUUCCGGCGAACUACAUACAGGACGUAUAG